CUUUGACUAGGGGUCCCACAGGCCCUCAAAUCCUCCUGUUUUCCUUUGGUUUCCCGCUCUAGUAGCAGCAAUCUGCCCACUGAUGGCUCUAAUGUGCAUCAAACGGCCCUUGUUUCUGGCCAGGAAUUCCUGACGAUCAGAUCCAGAAGGGCAAGGACAUGAAGACCAUCUCAGAAAUUGUGCAGGACGGGAAAAAGUUCAAGGUCACUUUGGCCACCGGCAGCAAAGUGCUGACUAAUGAGUUCACCAUCGGGGAGGAGUGCGAGAUGGAGUUGUUUACAGGAGAGAAGGUCAAGACUCUUGUGCAGAUGGAAGGUAACAACAAGCUGGUGGCAAGUAUGAAAGGGCUGAAAUCCGUCACUGAACUCAAUGGAGAUAUUAUCACUCACACCCUGACCAUGGGAGAUCUCAGCUGCAAGAGAAUCAGCAAGAGAAUCUAGAAAUCCUGUGCAUGUUUAUCAUUUUACUGUGUAAAGUGUGUCCAUUAAAGUCAAAUUUAUAUUAAAGACAUUUUCAUUACUA